AGGUUUUAGGUGGAGGUGGUCGUAUGGGCAGGGCACAGCGCCGCGCAAUUAGUGCGCUCAACGCCGUUGGUCGCAGGCCGCCCACUCUUCCAUCCUCUGCUACAGCACCAUGUUCUUCUCUUCUUCAGGGUUAACUCAAGGUUGAAAGUAAAGGAACGGCUACAGCCAUUCGCAUGCAAAUAAAGAAAAAGAGCUAUCCAGUAUCCACCUCGGGCCACCGGGAGGAAGAAAAGAGUUGAUCCAAGCUUCUCUGCUGCAAAAACACAAGUGUGGAGAGCACUGAGAGCAGAGACACAAGGGGACCAGGCAUUCUCUUCUGCUCACCUUCUUCUUGGGGGGUGAGGUUUUAGUUUUCCUGUGGCAUGAGAGGGUAUAACGAUCGAUAGGGCGGGUUCGGUAGGAGAAGAAAGAAGUGGAAACGAGGGAAGCGUUAGGGAGACAGAAAUGGUGGGCUCAGGAGGAGGGGACUGUAGGAGCAAAGAGGCAAUGGGGAUGAUGGCUCUCCACGAGGCUCUCAGGAACGUCUGCCUCAACUCCGAUUGGGCAUACUCUGUAUUCUGGACCAUCCGCCCUCGCCCGAGGAGUAGAGGUGGCAAUGUCUGCAAGGUCGGUGCCGACGACAACGGCAGCCUGAUGCUGAUGUGGGAGGACGGGUUCUGCCGGACGAGAACAGCAGAGUGCAUGGAGGGGAUGGACGUGGAAGACCCCGUCAGGAAGGCCUUCAGCAAGAUGUCCAUUCAACUGUACAACUAUGGAGAAGGUUUGAUGGGAAAGGUUGCCUCUGAUAAGUGUCACAAAUGGGUGUUCAAGGAACCUUCCCAGUGCGAACCCAACAUCUCCAGCCACUGGCAGAGUUCCUUUGAUGCUCUUCCCUCCGAAUGGACUGAUCAGUUCGCCUCUGGCAUUCAGACUAUAGCUGUGAUUCAAGCAGGGCAUGGGCUUCUACAACUAGGUUCCUGCAAGAUUAUACCCGAGGACCUGCAUUUCGUGUUGAGAAUGAGGCAUACGUUUGAAUCACUUGGCCAUCAAUCUGGCUUCUUCCUCUCUCAGCUGUUCUCCUCGACCAGGAACAGCUCCACUUCGUCUGUUCCAACGAAGCAGGUGCCUACUCCCUGUCCGCCGCCAUUCUUCAGCUGGGAUCACUCUUCCAUCCAUUCGGCCUCUCCGAUCACGAUGCCCUCCGUUUAUCAACCUCCGACUCACGGAGGAUUGCCCGACGACGAAGACGGCACCCAUCUCUUCCUCCCUCGCUCCUCCGGAGCCCAUUUGGAUGACGCGACAAGGCAGCACGAAACAGACCUGCGCUGGCCUAAUGGGCUGUCGUUGUUCACUGCUCUUACCGGAAGGGCAGAUGACGCCAAGCUUCUCUUUGGCUCCGAGGAGAUGGGAAACGAGCUACCACCACAACAGCUUCCGUUGUUGAUUCGUGGGAAGAAUCCAGCUUCUAAGUCUGCUAUGACCCGUUACGGCAACGCCGAUGAGACGAAGGCUGUACCUGAUGCGAUACUUGGCGAAGAUGAUACCGAGGACUUGUUCAGUUGAUCAAAUUUGCUGCCUUCGUACCUUCCAGAGCAGCCUUUAUAUGUAUUUUGAUGGAGCUUAAGAUCGAACUGCUCGUGUGACGCCCGCUGAUGCCGUUCUUUGUUUCUCGAAUAGGGUGAAAUGUAUGACGAUGAUCAGUCAACUAAGUUCAGAUGAUCAACCGAGUCCAUCUCUUGUACGGUCAGAAAUGGAUUCUGGUGUUUAGUUUGCUAUUUUUCUUUCACUUUCUCUGGUCAGUUUAAGCUGUAUAAAUCCUUGCCAGAAUUCAGGAGAGUAGCGAUAUAAAUGCUGGGACUAGGAAAGAAGCUCGAAUCAGAAGAUUUCUAUGGUCAA